UGUGGCACAAAAUACUAUUUUUGUUUAAGUGAAGUAAAGUGAUUUACACCUUUGUGUACUUGUAAUUUAAAAUCUGGAAGCUGGUGGCCGUCAGCUGGCGAAGCCGUUGAGAUGGAGGCCAAAGUGAAAGAAGAAGUGCCAGACAAAGACUACAAUCAACCAACCACCACUGAGAGGAGGAAAUCCAUCACAACCGGCAAGGAGCGUCGGUCUCCUGAGCAAGAGGAGAGCCGGUCGUCUCCCACUCCGGGGCCGCCCAGUCCGCAAAACGGAGUCAAUGCAGCCGCUCUGUCAUCCACGGAGUCCCUCUCCCCACCUCUACCUGAGGGCUCACGCUCAGCACCGGCACUCCAGCGAUUGAGGAAGUUCCUCUCAGCACUCCAGCACUUCGCGUCGGAUGUAGGUGCUGACACGGGAGAGAGAGUGCGACAGCUUAUUUACAAUCUAGUUGCGGGUACGAUAAAUACAGAAGAAUUUCAAACGGGGGUGCAGGAAAGCACGAACUACCCUUUACGUGCAUCGGUGCCCGGCUUCCUUCGCGCGUUGCUGCCGCUUGCGCAGCGGGACCUUCAUGCGCGCGCAAGACGAGCCAAGCAGACCCCUCUUCAGUACAUCCGAUUGCACGAGCAUCUCAUACUGGAAGCGACGAGUGACAGCGGGGAUAUCUUCGCACCGCAGCCGCCCGGUGAGCCACAAAAGCGCAGAGCAAGUGAUCCUUCCAGCUUUUAUGACGUCACACAGACCAAUGGAACCCAUGAAGACUACACCCCACAACCAAAACGAGCUCCCCCGUCCAGUCUAUUUAUGCACGCGUCACCCUUCAUCUGCCCGUUGCCCAGCAACGCCAGCCUAUUUGACUAUGGACAGUAUCAUGGUUACCAUGCACCCGGAGAAAAUAGCUUUGAGAGACGAGAUGGCGGCAUAUCCGUCCGCGAUGUGAACUCAAUGAACGCGUCUUUCUCGGAGUCGCGCGCGCUGGGCGGCGCCGGGGCAGGUCCGCUGCCUAUGCGCAGCGACGACGAGUGGAAGAACAUACAUACAAUGCUUAACUGCAUACUUAGUAUGGUCGAGAAGACUAAACGGGCUUUGGCUAUCUUGCAACAGAGAGGAACAGUAUGCAGCGGCCGCGACCAGAAACCAACAGCUCUACUCCGUACGUCUCCACCGGCAACCACGACAACUCUAGCGAAAACUCUCACCAGAUCAACUACUCCCAUCACGAACAGCCAGACAACAACUACCGACAACCGUCUCUCAUUAUCAACGUUGAAUACCGCUGAGCGGUUGCUGAACAACCAGGAACGAAUAACCAACAGCACGGAAAGGAUCGCGCUGGCAACUUUGUCUAGCGCCCAGGGUUUGAUAGGUGGUAUAGGUGGGAAAAAAUGACGUAUCAACAGGGAUUUUGUGGGUAACGCACGGUAUCCUAGAAAGGUUAGACGAUAAACUAAACUCGACACCAAGAAAUACAAAGAUGAACAAGAAUAAACAA